GAGUCAGUUUAAUCGCGAUGCGCAGUGCAAGCACACGGGGAAAAUUGUACUGAAAAAAGGGGCAAAACUAUAAGAGACAGAGAGUAAAAUUCGUCUUACGUAUACGUAAUGCAACGUAUACAUAAUAAAAAUGCUCUUAACGCGCGAAGAAUGUGUGAAAAUCUUAAGAAACUUUUUAAAAUCACAAAGUGAUCAAUUGAAACUGAGACAUUACAAUUUAGAAAGGGAUACCAGUGCGAUUGGUUAUCUUGGCGAUUAUUAUGCAUUAACCCUAUGCUACUGCACUACCGAUGUAAAAAAUGCCCAACAAGCGAAACUUUUCGUUAAAGCGCUGCCUCAGCAAAGCGAUGAGCCCGCAAAGGAGAGAAUCUUUCAAAAAGAGUCGUGGCUCUAUGAAACAUUAUUGGCUAAAAUGCAACAAUAUUCCAAAAUCAAAUGGAGUGCCAAUUGUUAUUAUACACGUUCCGAUCUUUGCGUACUUGAGAAUAUUAAACACAUUGGUUAUCAAAGUGCUCCAGCCAAGCAGCUAAAGGAGGAAGAACUUUUUCAACUCUUGCGCACGCUUUCGGCUUUUCAUGCCUCCAGUUUAAUCUACGAGCAGCAACAGAAAAUUAAUAUUGGAGUUGAGUUUGGUGAACGAUUGCCGGAAAUAACGGUGGCAGCUGAUAUAGCCUGGUUUACAACGGGUCUUUCGGCCAUUCUCGCCGUGAUCAGAAGUCUACCACAGUACCAGACCAGCAGACAUCAUGAUUUUAUUAACUCUCAUUUAACUGAGAUUUUACAGCGGAUUUAUGAACAGGUCUUGCCCUCUACAAAGUACCAAAAUGUGCUUUGCCAUCGUGAUUUAUGGUCUGGAAAUAUAUUUUUUCCUUCAAAUCAGAAGGAUGCAGUGCUACUCGUUGACUUCCAGACCUGUCGCUAUACACCACCGGCCAUUGAUUUAGUUUUCAGUCUCUAUUUGAACUUGAGUGUCGAAGAGCGACGUCGUCUUGAAGCUAAAUGCAUUGAUUUCUAUUACAAUUGGCUGAGGCAGGACUUACAGGACUUUGAUUUGAUGUUGGAUGAAUUAAUAUCCAAUACAGAACUGCUGCAAUCCUAUGAAGAGUUUCGACUCUUUGGCGUUGUCUACAGCGCUGUGGCUGCCACAAUUAUUAAGGUGCCACCGUCAUAUGUCACGAACGACUUUAAAUACGUUGAUCGAAGUAAAAUCAUAUUGAAUUAUAUGCGAGAGAAUGUGGAUUUUAGAGAAGCCAUGGAAUUGUGCUGUGUGGAAGUAAUGGAAAUUGCUAUGCUUACUUUAUAGAUCUCUUUUUCUAUCACUCUCCCACUAUCUAAUUCGCUCCCACUCUCUUCGAGCUAAUGAUAAGCGUGUACAAGUACUUACUGGUCAUUUAGCACAUGAGCUGUGAGAGCGAUAAGCAAUGCAUAAAGUUAAUAAAAGUGAAUUAAAACGAUCACCGCAGUUUAUAUACUCUAACUG